CACUCUACGCACGCUCAGCCAGCGUCUAGGUCAGGUCUAGUCUGGUCAUUCACGCGGCUUUCUUGUGUUUACACAACCAAAAACGUUUUAUUUAAAGGCAAUUUCUGCCUUGUUCUCGUCGGGUUCAGCGCUAUUCGUGCCUCUGCUGAUAAAACAUUUACAACAGACAACGAGCAUACCUGCUCCUCCUUCAGUGAAGCUCCUCCCACAACAAACACAUCUUCAGUGAAGCUCCUCCCAUAACAGUAUUAUCUUCAGUGAAGCCCCUCCCACAACAAACACAUCUUCAGUGAAGCUCCUCCCACAACAAGCACACCUCAGUGAAGCUCCUCCCACAACAGUAUUGUCUUCAGUGAAGCUCCUCCCACAACAAACACAUCUUCAGUGAAGUUCCUCCCACCACAAUCAAGUCAGUGAAGCACAUCCCACAACAGUAUUACCUUCACUGAAGCUCCUCCCACAACAGUAUUAUCUUCAGUGAUGCUCCUCCCACAACAAGCACACCUUCAGUGAAGCUCCUCCCACAACAAUCACACCUUCGGUGAAGCUUCUCCCACAACAAACACACCUUCGGUAAAGCUCCUCCCACAACAAGCACACCUUUAGUGAAGCACCUCCCACAACAAUCACACCUUCAGUAAAGCUCCUCCCACAACAAUCACACCUUCAGUGAAGCUCCUCCCACAACAAUCACACCUUCAGUGAAGCAUCAGGAAGAAGUGAAAUCUGCAGAGACAGAGUUUAUUGAAGGACGGAGAGAACAUGAGAGAUCCAGAACCCUGCAGAAUCAAACACACUGAAGAACAGACAGAGCUGAUUGAAGAAAAAGAGAAUGAGGAAAUGAAUGAAGAGGAGGAGAAACAUGAUGUCAAAACUGAAGAAAAACCUUUGAGUCGCUCUGAGAGUUUCACAAAGAACUAAUAUUAUGGUACACAGGAGUAUUCAUACAGGAGAGAAACCAUUCACUUGUGAUCUAUGCGGAAGGAGUUUUACACAAUCAUCAGUCCUUAAAAAUCACAUGAGGAUCCACACUGGAGAGAAACCAUUCACAUGUGAUCAGUGUGGGAAUAGUUUCACAAAAUCUUCAAACCUUAAGGAUCACAUGAACAUCCACACUAGAGAGAAACUGCAUGAAUGUGAUCAGUGUGGAAAAACAUUUUUGAGCACUUCAAACCUGAAGAGUCACCUGAAAGUUCAUACGAAAGAGAAACCACAUUCAUGUUCUUUGUGUGGAAAGAGUUUUUCACAUCUGCAGAGUUUAAAAUUUCAUCAGAAGAUACAUACUGGUGUAAAAGAUUAUAUGUGCUUUGACUGUGAGAAGACUUUUAUUACAGCUACACAUUUGAAACAGCACCAGAGGAUCCACACUGGAGAGAAAUUUUAUGAAUGUGAUGAAUGCAGCAAAACAUUUUUGAGGGCCUCAGACCUAAAGAGGCAUAUGACAGUUCAUACGAAAGAGAAACCACAUUCAUGUUCUUUAUGUGGAAAGAGUUUUUCACAUCUGCAGAAUUUAAAAGUUCAUCAUAAGAGACACAUUGGUGUGAGAGAUCAUAUGUGCUUUGAGUGUGAGAAGACUUUUAUUACAGCUGAAAGUUUGAAGCAGCACCAGAGGAUCCACACUGGAGAGAAACCUUACAAGUGUUCACACUGUGACAAGAGAUUCAGUCAGUUAAGAACCCUGAAAACACAUGAGAGGAUCCAUACUGGAGAGAAACCUUACAAGUGUUCACACUGCGACAAGAGAUUCAGUCAGUCAUCACAGCUGAAAUCACAUGAAAGGAUCCACACUGGAGAGAAACCUUACAAGUGUUCACACUGCGACAAGAGAUUCAGUCAGUCAUCACAACUGAAAUCACAUGAAAGGAUCCACACUGGAGAGAAACCUUACAAGUGUUCACAAUGCGACAAGAGAUUCAGUCAGUCAUCACAGCUGAAAUCACAUGAGUGGAUCCACACAGGAGAGAAAUUGUAUCACUGCACUGCAUGUGAGAAGAGUUUCAGUCAAUUAUCUGAUCUACACAGACAUACAAAUAACAUUCACAGCAAGUAGAUCACCUUCAUAUCCAGCAAUUGCAGGUGAGAUGACAAUAAUGCCAGUGGUGUAGCAAGUCUGCCCUGGGCCCAUAUGAAAAAAAUAUACAUAUUAUUGGUUAACGUGGGCUCCAAAUCAGUUAACUUAUUCUUGUCUUUUCUAAGGUAAAUAAUGUUAUGUGACUUUUCACAAGCUGAUUGAUUGCCGGUAUAAAUGCUUGAAAAUAAUAUUUAACAUUUUAGUUCAUUCAUUAUUUGUAGUGUGCCAGCCACCCAAUAAUUGUUAUAAGCUCUGUGCUUUGCUGCUUUUAAUGUAACACAGUCUCAUUCUUUAAGUUCUAUCGAUUUUAUCAUGAAAUACAAACAAUAAUUAAGUUGGCUUGCUUGGCUCCAUCUUACGGUUUUCCUAAAAAUGAUUAUUAAAACUUGGGAAAAUCCCAUAGACUUACACUGACGGAAUGUUCAAAUGAGCCAAGACACUUCAAGCUCCAGCUGACAAACAUUCAAGUGUAAACACACUAAAGCCUAUUGGACUCAAUUAAAACUACCUUCUAUGUACUAUUUCUAAUCAAUUUAAACGUAUUUUAGCUUAGCUUCAACUCUAAUAUUUAGCUUCCACUCUAAUAUUUCUAAUCCAUCUAAAUCAUGCAGCAACUUGCUAAUCAUGCUAGAAACAUGUUAAUAAUCAAUCUUUAUUUGACCCUCUAACUCUACCACUUUCUAAUCUAUUUUAUUUCUACUUCAUCUAGUUCUUCUUUAAAAAAAAAACACUGGCUUUCUAUUUUUUCUAUUCUACUUUUUUCUUUGUG